UUCAUAUCCACACCCACACACUCUAUCGAUAUAUACGCACAGUCGCGCACUCAAGUUCAACGAAGAGACGACCUCUUAGUUUUCAGGAAUAUCGUUAGCUGCGCUAGCUGUUCUAAGUCAGACUGCGGCCUCUUCUGUGGGAUACUGUUGGUUCACUUAACUCGGAGGUUUUACUAGCUCUAACCUUAGUUGCACUAAAAGUGGAUAAGGCAAAUAGCGGAGGAAUGGCAGACUGGAAACUGCCAGUUAGUUACAACUACAACCCGUCCUAUCACGCAUACGCCUAUGGGCUUAUGUAUCCACAGGGGCCUGAGCAAAAUCACCAAAAUUUAGGAUGGGCAGAGGCCUACAACCACCAAGGAGUCAGCGGAGGGUACUAUACGCCGCCGCCACAGCAGCAACACCAAUCCCCACAUCGGAACUUAGAGGACGGCCAUGCUACAAGCGCACACUUUCCAGGUUCCGUUUUGUAUUUCGCGGACUCCCACACACAGAACGGCCGUCUUUUCCUUUCUCACAACCGAGCCCAAACUAGUCAACGGUCGACGGAGAUCGAGCAGGCAAGCAGCGACACCCCAAGCGACUCGGAGGCUCACACACCAGAUUCAUGGAGUUCGGGAAGUAGCAGAGAGUUAGCCCCACAGGCCCCGACUUCCUCCUGGAGAGAAGGGGAGGAAGAGGAUGUGGAGAGCGGGAGCCCGGACAGCAGCGGGCAUGUUUCCAGCACCCUGACGAUAAAGGAAGAGGAGCCUCUUCGUGUGGGCGUUGAACGAGAAGAGCAGCCUCCUCUGCCCAUGACGACCCCCCAGAGUGUUCCAGCACCACCGCGAAAGGCUAAGGCUCGCACCGCGUUCUCAGAGGACCAAAUGACCGCUCUAACCCACCGCUUCAGCGUCCAGCGCUACCUCACCCCUGUGGAGAUGAAGACGCUCGCAGGUCUGACUGGCCUCACUUACAAACAGGUGAAGACCUGGUUCCAAAACCGUAGGAUGAAGCUGAAGAGACACCAGAAGGACACCAGCUGGGUUUCAGAGCGGUACUCUGACCCUACAUAUCGAAACAUUCCGUCCCACACUCCGAUGGACACUUCAGCACUGGCCCAGGAACAUUACGCCAACCCACAGUUCAGAGAGGCUGUUUUCAAGAAGAGCCCUCCUCAAACUCCGACGUACUAUCAGAACUACCCACGGCCACAGUCGCCUCACCAGCCCGCAACGCGGGCACACGGCGGUUGGAACCUGCCUCCCGCCACCCACUUCGAGUUUAACUCGAACAAUUACAACAACGCCAACAACAGCAUCAACAGCGAUGAUGGAACGGCUGUGGAUGCAAUUGAAAGUCCAACGCGUAUGGUCAUGGUGCAGGGUGCCGCCCAGUGGUCAACGUAGGUAACUGCAGUGGUACAAAAUCCAGGAUGAAACUCCACUGAAAUCAGUAUUUUCUAUGCUGUUCAUUGUAUUUAGAACAACUGUUAUUUAAUUACCGAUUCAGAACUCAUUCAUCAGUAGAAACGCUCUAGACCUCUGACAAUUCCCCCUUAAUGUUGUGUACAUAGCUUAAUUGACUGAUACGCAGUACCAUGACUGGUUGGCUUCCAUUCAUUUACACACUUACUGCCAUACUUCAUCCAAAUUGAGUGUCAAAUGAAAUGAAUUUGUAGACAUCGAGUGACUAAAUGACAUGAUUAUUUUUUUAUUGCUAGUUGCAUUUUGUUUUUCAUUUUUAUUUUUUCUUUGCAGUGGCCUUUGUUUUUAAAUAGAAUGAUAUAUAUUAUACAUUUUCUAGGAAGUUUCAAGUGUGUUUUUGUGACUUAUCUGUGCUCCAUGCUCUUGACACUUCAGUUCUGACUGGGCCCUGUGCCACUUGAUGCUUUACUGAAUGUGAAACAAACACACUUAUUUAAUCUGAGCUGGUUUUUUACCAGGCACGGUUUACAUCAGGAGUGUCAAACGCCAGUCCUGGAGCGUCGCAGUGUCUAGGCGUUUGUGGGUUUUCUUUCAAUUGGCAGCCAACUAAAGCAUUGAGGGCUAGGUAUGUGGAGUCUUCAUCCAUUCAAUGAGUUAAUCACUUCCGCUGAAACCCAGAAAGCCAGCAGACGCUGAGGCCCUCCAGGACUGGAGUUUCACACCCCUGGUUUACAUGGUGAGACGGGUGGGAGAUUGUAUUAUUGUACAGUGUUGUUUUCUGAGACUUAUCAGUUAUGUGUAUUUUUAAGGGCUCCAGCCUUUUAUAUAGUUGUAAUGGUUAAGCAAAUGUUUGUUUUGUGGCCUGUUUAGUCCUGGUUUAGUGCACAAUUGCCUGUUAUUGUGCAGAUUUUCAUCCAGAAGUGCAUUUAUCAAUUGUGAUGCACUGUAUUUGGUCCAUGUGGUGGUACAUGUCAUAUGUUUUGUAUAUAGUGUCUGAAAAGUCUAGCAAUAUUCCCCUGGAGGCCAUGGUGGCUUACAAUGGGAAAUGAAACCAAAUGUAGGAAUAUUUUUCAUUCAGAAUUUUAUCUGAGAACCAUAACUUUCGUCGCCCGUCUAAAUAUGUAAAUAGCUGCACGCGUUAGAUGGUGGCAGUGGUUUUCAUAAUAAAUCUUUUUGAUGAAUUCAUCUUGUCAUAGUUUUGUCUUUUACAAUACAGAAGGUUGAGUAUUCUCGUGGACUACGCAAGUUUUAAUCCACAAUAUGCCAUUGUUUUAUGAAUUCUGCAGUUACAGGUCCAGAUUUCAAUCUGGCCAUAUAAUCUGAUGAUGGCAUUGCUGUGUCCUUGAAUAUGAACAGACAUUCAAGGAAGUUGUCAGAAUGAACAAGAACAGGAAUAUUAAGUGGAAUGAUAAAUGCGUGGAAUGUUCAAAGCAUAUUAAAGAUGAAUGUGUAGAUGAGGACUGUAAACUCUGCAUCAGUGGAAGAAGGCAUGACUAAUUUCU